AACGUCCACGGAUCUUAGCGGUGGUGGCGGCCGUGGCUCUCCCGCGCUCUCCGUGGAGUCUUGCGUCCUGACCGGUCUAUGGUGUUUCCUGGAGCCCCCGGCACCGUCAUGUCGCGCUCGGAAGAGGUGCACAGGGUCACCGAGAAUGUCUACAAGACAAUCAUGGAACAGUUUAAUCCCAGCCUCCGGAACUUCAUAUCCAUGGGAAAGAACUAUGAAAAGGCCUUGGCAGGUGUGACAUAUGCUGCAAAAGGAUACUUUGAUGCCCUGGUUAAAAUGGGAGAAUUGGCCAGUGAAAGUCAAGGAUCUAAAGAAUUAGGGGAUGUUCUGUUCCAGAUGGCUGAAGUCCACAGACAGAUUCAAAAUCAGUUAGAAGAGAUGCUGAAGUCCUUCCACAAUGAACUACUAACACAGCUUGAGCAGAAAGUAGAUCUAGAUUCACGGUAUCUAAGCGCUGCACUAAAGAAGUACCAGACCGAGCAAAGGAAUAAAGGGGACUCGGUAGAGAAAUGCCAGGGUGAAUUGAAGAAGCUUCGAAAAAAGAGCCAAGGAAGCAAAAAUCCUCAGAAGUAUUCGGAGAAGGAGCUGCAGUUUAUUGAAGCAAUGACCAAUAAACAAGGUGAGCUGGAGAACUAUGUAUCUGAUGGUUACAAGACAGCACUCACAGAAGAGAGGCGGCGAUUUUGUUUCCUGGUAGAGAAGCAGUGUGCUGUGGCCAAAAAUGCUCUUACAUACCACUCCAAGGGAAAAGAUAUCUUGACACAGAAGCUCCCAUUAUGGCAACAAUCUUGUUCGGAUCCCAACAAGAUCCCAGACCGUGCUCUCCAGCUCAUGCAGCAGAUGGCCCUCAGCACCAAUGGCUCAAUUAUGGCUACACCUCUGUCAACAUCCAAGUCAAAUCUCAUCAUCUCAGACCCUAUACCUGGUGCCAAACCUCUCCCAGUCCCACCAGAGCUGGCACCCUUUGUAGGACGAAUGUCUGCACAAGAGACCAUUCCAGUAAUGAAUGGCGUCUCAGGCUCGGAAGGUGAAGAUUACAGCCAUUGGUCUGACCGAAAGCCUCCUCAGCCGAAGUCCUUAUCUCCACCACAAACUCAAAAGCAACUGAGUGACUCUUACUCCAAUACUCUCCCUGUGCGCAAAAGCGUAAUGCCGAAAAACAGCUAUGCAGCCACUGAAAACAAGACUCUUCCCCGUUCCAGCUCCAUGGCGGCAGGAUUAGAAAAGAAUGGCCGGACAAGAGUGCGAGCCAUCUUCUCUCAUGCUGCUGGGGACAACAGCACCCUUCUGAGCUUCAAGGAGGGGGACCUUAUUACGUUGCUAGUGCCUGAGGCCCGAGAUGGCUGGCAUUAUGGAGAGAGUGAAAAGUCCAAAUUGAGAGGCUGGUUUCCUUUCUCCUACACGCGUGUGCUGGAAAGCGAUGGGAGCGAUAGAUUACAUAUGAGCCAGGGGAAAAGCAGUAGUACAGGUAACCUGUUGGACAAAGAUGAUAUCCCCCCUCCAGAUUACACCAUGUCCUCCCGAACUUUCCAGUCACCGAAUGUCAGCACUUUCAAACAGAGGCCGUACAGCGUGGCAGUGCCAGCAUUCCCCCAGGGACUGGAUGACUAUGGGGCAAGACCCUCAAGCAGGAAUCCUUUUGCCAACGUCCAGCUCAAACCAACCGUGACAAACGAUCGCUCAGCUCCUCUCAUCAGCUGAUCCAGAAAUGUUGAGUUACGGCGGGUACCUUGCACCUUUUGAUUUCACUUUCACCCGUGUUGUAUUUCUGUGAGGUCCUUGUACAGUUUACGUGUCUUUCCCUCCAACUCUGUUUUGAUAGUUAAAUGGCAUUUAAAUGGCAUGCUGGUGUGCUUUUCCUUUUGCUCAUUAGAAAUAGAAGAGAAACUUGACCCUUGGAGAGCGAUGAGUUUUGAAAGGGAUGCUACGCUGCUAUAUUGACUGGAGACCUAGAUAGACCAGAAAACAGCCCCUGCCUUCUUUGCCUUUGCAGCUUAUAUGCAAAAUGAGCCUUGCAGUCUUGCAGUGUCCUAUGUUUGCCCGUUAAAAUUUCUCCUGGAAGUACCUUUUUCAUCUUCUGUCAAAACAUAUGGAAUUGAACAGGACUUCAAGCUGUCAAGAGAAGCUUUGGGGCUGCCUAAGGCCGUCAGAUAAAAUGCAUGAUCCGGGUCCUGCUCACUCAACACCUGGAACUGACACGGACUUGAAUCUCUGAAGCGCUUCCUGGUAGCUCCCUCGUUACCUUGUGUUGGACUUUUGCUGGAUAAAAAGUAAAGU